AGCAUGUCAGAGCUAUCAGAUGAAGAAAUUUCCUUGCAAGCGCUUUACGAUCCGAGCAAAAAGGUGAUCGGCGAUAUUGAAGAUGGGAUUUUUUCCACCCCGGAGCUCCAACCUCGCAUCAAAACGGGAAUUGAUAAUCUCCAGUUGGUCACGAAGCUUGUGAAUCAGAUGAGAUUGUUUUCGUCGAAUGAGCAGAUUGAAGACGUUCCAACAAACUCGCUGCCCUAUCUCCUUGUCCCAUGUUUUUUGGGAAUUCUCCACCAAAAUUUGAUGACUGAGCCCGGCCUGAAGCUCGACGAACUGAGAAAAUCCAAAAUUUAUAUGCGAAAUUUUCUGGAUCGCCUCCGAGAUUUGUGCCUGAUCACCACCAGAUUACCAUGGGAAGAUGAGGAUACAGAAGAGCAAAAUUUAAAGGAGAAGCCGAAGCUUGCAGUUGAAGAGAUCAGAAGAUUGAAGUUGGAGCGUCACAAGAAGAAGCAAGAGCUCAAAAUGGCGGAGCUCAGGAUCCAAAAGCAGCUGGAAGCCGUUUCAAUUGAUGAGCAGAAUCUCAGAGAGCUCUAUAUUACUCAGUUAUUGUUCUGGAGUGAAAGAUGUUACGAGGAGUUGCAGGCGAUUGAUGACGAGCUUCCACUGCUGAAAAUGAUGGCUGAACGAGCAUCUCACCCACAUCGUCAUCCAGCUCCACCACCAGCAACAAAGACAGUUCCAACACUUAAACCCUUCAUUAUUACCAGAGAUGCUCAACAGAAGCAGGUCUUUGGGCUCGGAUAUCCAGGAAUUCCAGCGAUGAGUGUCGAUGAAUGGUAUCAUCAGAAAUUCGGUCAUAAUCCACAAAAUGCUCCACAAUCGUCGGCUCCAGCCGGGGCAGAAGCUCAAGAAUCCGAAGAAGAGGUUGAUGAUGACGAGGCGAGAGCGAAGGCGAUGCGUUGGGAUGAAUAUAAGGAUGAUCAUCGACGUGGAUGGGGAAAUAUGCACAAUAAAGGAUAAAUUAUAUUGUAGAUCUCUACUUUUACGCGGGAUUCCUAGCUCCCGCAUGUGUCGAUUUACGCGGCUUGUGUACUUCACGAGGAGAAGGCGAAAAAUUUUGAAAAAUCUGCAUUUUUUGAAUGGAAAAAUUGCAGAAUUGGCAAUUUUCGGCGGAUUAUUUUGAGAAUUAAAAAAAAAUUGCAGUUUUUAUGGGAAAAAAUUUUUUGAUAAAAUUAUUGAAAAUUUUUUCCGCGAAAAUCUGCAAUUAUCCGUUUUUUACGAUAUUUUUCUAGAAAAAAAUCAAUAAAAUUGCGGUUUUCUGGAAAUUUCAAAAAAUUCCAGGUUUUUCGAAAAUUUUGAAAAAUAAAUUAUUCAAAUAGAGAUAUUUC